GCCCAGAUCGCAAACCUUUAAGAGCUUAUAGGACAGCUCCAGAGUCUUCUAGGAAGGCUGUACACUCCUUGAAGACAACCAGUAAAGCAUAUAAAAAGGGACCCGCUUUCACCAGUUUGUCAUUUUAAACUCAAACCAGGCUAGAAACGCUUUUAGGGUUCGUUCUGUGUGGAUUAAUACGGGAGCUACCAGACGGGAAUGACGUCCGCUGGCUUACAGAUGCUGGGCACAGCCCUGGCCAUAAUUGGCUGGAUCAUGGUCAUUGUGAUCUGUGCCCUGCCCAUGUGGAGGGUCACAGCCUUUAUUGGCCAGAACAUCGUGACGGCGCAGACCACAUGGGAGGGCAUCUGGAUGAGCUGUGUGGUGCAGAGCACGGGGCAGAUGCAGUGUAAGGUCUACGACUCCUUGCUGGCGCUCAGCUCUGACCUGCAGGCUGCCCGGGCCCUCUGCGUGAUCUCCAUCUUGCUGGGCUUAGUUGGCAUAUUCCUGGCUGUCGCCGGCGGCAAGUGCACCAACUGCAUCGAGGACGAGAGCAGCAAGGCAAAGGUUGGAAUCACGGCAGGUGUGGUCUUCAUCCUUUGUGGAUUGCUGUGUCUGGUUCCUGUCUGCUGGACUGCCCACUCCAUUAUCAGUGACUUCUACAACCCCACAGUGAUAAGCUCCCAGAAGAUGGAGUUGGGGGCCUCUCUGUAUAUGGGCUGGGCAGCUGCAGGACUGCUGAUCAUUGGGGGAGGACUGUUGUGUGCUCACUGCCCGCCCCAAGACCACUACAGCACCAAGUAUUCUGCAGCCAACUCCUCAGCACCCAAAGGCUACGUGUGAGAACAGCCCAGAGGGAGGCUUGGACUUCAUUAUAUUGUGUGUGUGGCCCAUAUUUUUGCUGCGUUGUGUCACAAGAUGUCAAACAAAGGCAAAGACAUAAUGAUCGAACAACAGAACAUUGGUAUGACUCUUCAGUGUAACCAAACGAUAUAACGGUGCAUUCAAACUUAAUUUUUUCAUUUCAUUUUAAAUGUUAUUUCAGCUGUGUAAUGUUGAGUUGUGUAUUAUAUAUCAACACUUAAUUUCAAUAUUUCUGUUUUGUAUUCAGUAUAUAUAAUUCAUGUCUACAAUUUAUCAUUUUGAAAUUUUAUGGUUUUACACAAGAUAUUUUAGUUGUAAAUAAUGAAUAUUUUUACAGUAAAAUACAACAGGGUUUUUAGUGUACACACAUAUAUAGAAAUGCAAUUCCUCACCUAUUACGGUGGAUCUGACAAUGUAGACAGUUUGUUCAAAGCUAAUACUUUUGUAGUAAUGUAUUAAAGUGCUGUUGACUAGUCAUGAGGAAAAUCCCUGAGUUGUGCUCCUUCAGUCAAUAAUGAUUUCAGGUGUGUAUUGUGUAAUGUCUCAUGUAUUAUUGUGUUCUGUGUAUACAUCAUCAAAGGAA